AUGCCGCCCAAGAGGAAAGCUUUUGCUAACCAUGCACAGAGCAAAAGCAACAAGGCAUCACGCCUUGCUCACGAUGACAACGUGGACGAUGACGAUAUCAUGGCAAUCCAAGAGCACGAGACUGCUCCUUCAUUGGCGGCGAUGCCUCCCCCACCUAUCCCGUCUGAGCCCGUGGCUCCAAUCUUGCAAUCCUACACAUACGCCUCACCAAUCCCAUCCGAAUGCAGCAAGAUUGACCCUUGCAACCCCAGCAUCAAAGUGCCCUGCGUUUUGGGUGUCGACGAAGCAGGUCGAGGUCCCGUGCUUGGCCCUCUGGUGUACGGUAUCGCCUACUGUCCCGUAUCUUACCAAGACGAUCUCAAACAAAUAGGUUUCGCAGAUUCUAAAGCGCUUACCGCCGAACGUAGAGAUUCUCUGCUCUCGGCUCUCAUCGACCAGAACUCUCACCUUGGAUGGGCAGUUCGCGUCAUGUCACCCCAAGACAUUUCUGCCGGCAUGCUUCGUCGUCGACCCAUCAACCUCAAUGCACAGUCCAGUCAAGCCACUGUUUCGCUCAUUGCCGGCGUGCUCGAGAGUGGCGUCGAUCUCACCGAGAUCUACGUGGAUACCGUCGGAGAUCCAAAGAGCUACUCGAAGCUGUUGAGCUCGUAUUUCCCAAGGCAUUCGCAUAUAAAGUGGACAGUGACGAGCAAAGCAGAUGCCAUCUAUCCCAUCGUAGGUGCCGCCAGUAUCGCAGCCAAAGUGACCAGAGACCGCUGCGUUGACGCAUGGAGGUACGCCGAGCAGCAACAGCAAAGACUGCCUGCGCUGCCCACUGACGCCGCUAAACCUCAUCAGGCCAAAGUGUUGGUCGACGCCACCAACCAGCCAUCUUGCUCCCCUGACGCGUCCAACGAAUCCAAGAAACCCAACGCAGAAUCCCCAUCUCAGCCCGAUCUGGCGCUCUCCAGCGACACUGACCAUGUGUGGUCCAACUUGGGCGCGCUCGGCAGCGGCUAUCCAGCGGAUCCCAACACGGUCGCCUUUCUCAAACGCACUCUCGAUCCCGUGUUCGGUUGGCCUGGCUUGGUGCGCUUCAGUUGGGCCACUGCAAAAACCAUGCUAGAAGAAAAAGUCAAGCCUGUCACUGCCCACUCUGCCAAAUCUGUCCUCCAGGCCGCGCUUCCACCUUUAAGCCGAGGUAAGCGUCUCACGCGCUCGCUUUCGAGCACUUGCUCUCUCGCCUCUGACAUUUCUGCAGCGACGCCCGACUCGCAACCCCAAACCUCGCAAUUCGUCACAUCACCAACGCGUGCGGUCAGCAUCUACGGCACAAUUCUUCCACAACCUGCCAUCCCGGGUGGCAUGGCAACUCGAGGCUACAAGGUGAAAUGGAUCGACGAGCCUGUCUCCAUCUCGAAAUUCUUCGCUUCCACCAGCGGUGGUGCCAAAAAGGCAAACGCCGCCGCCACUGCUGCAUCAUCUGCAACAGCAGUAACGCAGCAGGACGAUGCGUUCAAAGUAUCGCCUUUGCAAACCGCUGUCAAUGCCUGGUUGAAAACCGAAGCGCAGAAAGCUACCGCUACCGCUGCGCAUCGUGGUCAAGUUCAGAUCAACGUGACCAGGCUCACCAAGGAUUUGGGCUUGGUCGGCGCAAACGCAUGUUUCUGCCUCUAA